AUGGCAGACAUGGACGAAUUCGCACAAACGCGCGGCGCAGAUGACCUGUUCGACGAUGAAAUCAUCCCCGUCUCAGCGGAGGAACAGCAAGCCCAGGCGGAGGUAGUGGUGGUACCAGCACAGCCAGAGCCAGAACCUGCCCCGCGGCAGGAAGAGCCCGUUGUUGAGAAACAGCAGCCUCCUCGAGGUGAAACUUCCCACCGGAGUCGUGGAGGAGAUCGAGACCGAGGCCGUGGGCGCGGGCGGGGCGGCCAGAGCCACGGCCAGGGUCGGGCUCAAACUCAAGCGAAAGGGCGCGGGUUGGAGGACUCACAGUGGGCAGACAAGAAGCCAGCUGAGAAGUCCCCACGCCGCAAAGGACCCAAGGCCGCAAAGGAGCCAGCUCCAGUUAAACAAACCGAGCCUGCGACUCCUGCUCAGCCUGAGGCGGGGCCAACCGAGCAGCCCGUCCAGACGGAAGAACCGCAAGGGGAGGAAACAACCGGCAAUGGCACUGAAGCUCAACGAGUACCGGCUGUCCGUGGAGACCGAAGCGCUACUGGAGGAGUACGGAAGCCCAAACUCACCGAAGAAGAGCUGUCAAAGCGCAUUGCUGCUGCCAAAGAGCACGCUGCAAAGAAAGCCGCCGCCCACGCUCGUGCAGAAGCCGACCAAGCAUCAUUCCUCGAACGCGAACAAAUUGCGGCUGAGAAACGACGCAAGGAGGCAGCCAACCGUCGGGUCAUGGACAACGAGCGUGAACAGAAUCGACAGCGGAAGCUGAAAGCCCAGACUGGUCGCGAAUGGGACUCUCAGAAAACCGAGGACGAUUACAACCCACGCGGAGGUGGUAGCCAGUUCCGCCGAGGCAUGCACGGUGGUGUAUCUGGGUAUGCUCGCCGAGACUUUGACGAACGGCCAUCUGAAGAUGGAGCUGGCGAUUACCCCAGCCCCGGGCGUGGGCGUGGACGUGGUGGUCGCGGUGGUCGGGGCCGUGGGCCUUCCCGUGGGCCACGAGGAGACCGAGCGUCUUCGAAAGAACCAUCGGAGAAGACUGCUACGCCGGCUGUCAACAACGAAGCCGAUUUCCCCUCCCUUCCGGCAGGCAAGAAGCCGGAGCUUCCCCCCACGACAACCGUGGACACGAAAGCCGUCGCACAACCUCCAUCUAUGGAGAAGCUUGAGGCUACAAUGUCUCCUUUGACUGGCACUUGGGCUGACCAGGUCGAGGAAUAG